AUGGCAAGUCUAACAAACUGUGAAGAGCAGCAGGAACCCUUUAUUUUGUCGAACUCUUGGCCCAAAACCCAGGAGUCCGAUAAGAAGUGGAAAGGUUUUGGUGGAUUUGUUUUGGUUCAUGCAGGAGCAGGAUAUCAUUCAGAAUCCAAAGCCAAGGAAUACAAGCAUGUGUGCAAAAGAGCUUGUCAGCGGGCUGUCGAACAGCUUAAAUCAGGUGCAUUGGCUGUGGAAGCUGUUGCUGCUGCCUUGGUUGAACUUGAGGACUCCCCCUUUACAAAUGCUGGCAUGGGCUCCAACCUGAACUUAUCAGGAGAAAUUGAAUGUGAUGCUAGUAUCAUGGAUGGAAAGUCACUGCAUUAUGGUGCUGUGGGUGCAAUAAGUGGUAUUAAAAACCCAAUCUUAGUUGCCAACCGUUUACUAACUGAGGCUCAGAAAGGGAAGCUGUCCGCUGGACGAAUACCUCCUUGUUUUUUAGUUGGACAAGGAGCACAGGACUGGGCUGUUGGCCAUGGAAUACCACCUUGUCCCUCAGAGAAAUUGACUACGAAAUAUAGUCUGUCUGCCUAUAAGAGGAACAAGCGAAAGAUGGAGCUGGCAGAGAAUAUGGACAUGGGGCAUAAUCAGGCCAAAAGAAGGCGACUAUCAAGUGAAAAUGAAAAUGGAUCUGGGUGCCUUGAUACAGUUGGGGCUAUAGUUGUGGAUCUUGAAGGUAAUGUUGCUGCAGCGGUGUCCAGUGGAGGCCUCGCCAUGAAACACCCUGGCAGAGUUGGACAGGCAGCUCAUUACGGAUGUGGGUGCUGGGCUGAAAAUGCAAGUGAUAUGAUUUCCUACUCUACAGCAGUGAGCACUUCAGGCUGUGGGGAGCAUCUAAUUCGCACCAUGCUGGCCCGGGAAUGCUCCUCUGCCAUGCAGUCAGAAGAUGCCCACCAAGCGCUGCUGGAAGCUAUGCAAAACAAAUUCAUCAGCUCACCCUUCCUGGGCAGUGAGGGCCGUGUGCUGGGUGGGGUGAUCGUCCUGCGGUGCUGCAGAUGUGUGGAAGCACAGCCAUCUCCAAACAUUCAGGGUUUACUAGUGGAGUUCCUUUGGAGUCACACAACGGAGAGUAUGUGUGUUGGAUACAUGUCAGCCCAAGACAGCAAAGCAAAGACACACAUCUCCCGUUUGCCUCCUGGGACUGUCCCCGGUCAGUCUCUCGCCAUCGAAGGAGGCGUCUGUCGUCUCAUGAGCUCCUCAGACUGA